GGUCAUUAUUAAAUUGUUGAGACCGUUAUUAAUGGAAAUAAUGUUUAAGCUGCUGGUGGUACUAACAACAUCAACAUGCUUAUUCUCGACUGUUAAUUCCGGUGUACCAAUUGCAACUGGUGGUCCAUCACUGAUCUACGAAGGCAAAGACGCCUUGCUCACAUGCGUUGUUUCAGAGAAUCGCGCCAAUCACACAGUGAUAUGGAAGAAAUCCGACGAAAUACUCACAGCCGGUAUGGUGAGAGUGACGAGCGAUACACGUAUCAGUGUGUUGCAUGACGAAAGUGAGUGGAAGAAAGAUCCCAAAGGCCUGGAGUCGGGCGGUGAGGUGCGGGUAUUGCUCGUAAGACGUUUGACUACCGAAGAUUCGGGUAGUUAUAUCUGUGAGCUGAAUUCCGAGCCUGUGCUCAGGAGCAUACAUAUACUCACAGUCAAGCAGAUACCCAGCGGCAAUAGCAACAUCACGACCACAACAGAGUCGAGUGAUGUCUAUCUCGUGCCGCCGCCACUUGAUGCCACCGACAAUCGUUCGUUUUGGCGCGGGCCCACUGUCGCGCCACAAAUCACACACGAUUUCACCGAAUGCUGCGAACGCGCUAACGUCACCUCCGAAUGCAUGGGUUUCUGUAAUGUGCAUAAUAUAAUCGACGGCACGACGGGCAUAGAGCCCGAAGCUUGCGAGAAGGACUUUCCGAAUAUUGUACGUUGCAUGGCAGAUGGACGGGAUCAUGUGCCAUGCUGUGUGGAUAAACAGAUACCGGAUUUGUGUCAGGAUAUGUGUCGCGGUGAGUACACACCUUUCACGGAUCUGCUGAAGACGCGUGUGUCUUGUGUACAUCACACACUCAGUGGUCUGCAGUGCAUACUGCAGGGCGUGCAGAAUAUACCCAGCACACCGACAACUGUUACAGUUGAUCAUGUGUCAGAGACGCGUGUCACUGUGCAUUGGUAUGAACCGGAAAAGCUAGCGCAUAAGGUGACCUACUACAGUGUGAACUUAACGGCACUGCACAGUUUCGAUGAAGAUGAAGUGUCCAAUGCGUACUCAUUGAAGAAACGUCCAUUAGAGCAGACGAUUAUACGCACAGUGCCAGCUAAUCAGACCAUGCUGUCGCUGCAAGAUCUCACGCCGCUCACAAUGUACGCGAUAGUGGUGACGGCGCAUAAUGAGUACGGUUCGAGUUUACCCAGCGAACGUUUGCGUGUGUUCACCCAUACCAGUGAGGUAUUCACACCGAGAAAUGACGAUGCCGAAGAGUCUGCAUCGGUGGAGAGCAUUAUGCCAGCACUGCCGAAUAUACGUAGCUGUUGUGAGGCCAAUGGCAUGACGCAUCGCAAGUGUCUCGAUAAGAUGUGUGAUCCGCGGAAGACAGAUCUUGCCACACUGCCGGACUUUAUGGUCUGUGCACCUUGGUCCAAUAUCACUUUCACUUGUCUAGCGAAUAAAAUCGAUCACACGCCCUGCUGUCGGGCGCGUGGUAUACCGGCGGUCUGCUUCCCGCUCUGCUCGGGCAAAAUAUCUACCCUGGACUUUAGUCUGUUCAAGUGCCUACGCUUCAUGUCCGAGUACAGCAGCUGCCUCUUCCAGGGUUACGGUGUGCUCGCUGAUCCACCUUCAAUGAUACGUACUGUGGCUAAGGCCGACAACUUCAUAAUUUUGGACUGGGAUAAACCCAAACGCUUGGCCGACACAAUCAGCACUUAUCAUGUGAAGUUUCGACGUUUGGGCGAAGGAGAUGACUAUCUGACAGUAGUGAAGAAAAACCCACCACUCAUCUUGGAGGGACUCGAACCCGAAGUCUACUAUGAAUUCUAUGUAGUCUCCGUCAAUCAGUAUGGCAAAAGUGAAGCAUCACCACGUCUCAUUACGCGCACACAACCCGCCGAGGCGGUGGAUGAGCCCGAACCGGUUUACAAUAUGACAAAAUGCUGUCAGGCAUCCGGCUUGCUGCCACAAUGUGCGCCACUCUGUUCGUACAACAUCAAAUUGUCGGAUAUUGAAAAGCUCGGACCGGCGUGUCGAGCGCAAAUGUCUGUUAUUGUGCGCUGCGCCGCCGGCGGACGUGAUCACACACCCUGCUGUCAGCGUCGUGGUGUGCCCACCGCCUGCAUGACCAUCUGUCGUGGUGUCAUGCCGCAAAACACAAAUGGCGGCGGUGGUAGCAGUGGCGGCGCGUUGAGUGGCAGCAGCUAUAGCGGCAACAAUGCGACGACCUCCAGUGAUUGUUUAUCCUACGCGGGCAAUAUUUUGCAGUGUAUCGAAGAAGGCACCGAGAGCAUACCCGGUCCGGCUGAGGAUGUGCACGCUACUUCGGUAACAAAUACCACAAUUAGCUUGACUUGGCGACAACCCGGCUACGAAGCAAGUGCACCUACUGCAGCAACAACAACAGAGAUUGACAGUGAAGUGGAUGACAGCAGCAAGAAAACUACAGCUGCGGGCAACGCAAACAAUGACAUUGCCACUGCUGGUGGCAGUGUUGCGUCGAUAUCAUCCAACAGCGAUGAUGAUGAUAUCGAUUUUAUCGUGCAAUAUGGCAAAGUCAAUAAUAUGACGCUCUAUGAGACUGUGGCGAAACUGGAAAAUGAAUUGACCACAAACGAGACCAGCAUUGCGCUGACGAAUUUGGAGCCGCACGCAUUGUAUCGCAUCAUGGUGGUGACGCGCGGACGCUAUGGUACAGCGCUUCCAUCUUCAAUGUUGCUGAUCAAUACCACCGAGGAUGAGAAUGCCACGAUCAAGAAUGAUACCUAUGGUGCACCAUCGCCGCCGCAUUCGCUGUCGAUUACAUCACACAGCGCGACUUGGAUGCAAUUGACUUGGCAACCACCAGAAUAUUCGCAUCCGCAUGAGAAGAUUACAUACAGAUGAGUGGAAAUGAAUGGGU